AUGUUCCUGCUCGGAGUGCUGGCCGGCUUCUGCCUCUGUACCGCCGCAGCCUCCGCUUACGGGAGAUGGACGAAAAACUUCCGCACCACUUCCAACGAAAUAGACAAACCCGGCUCUCAGCCGCACAUCAUCUUCAUCAUGGUGGACGAUCAGGGCUUCAGGGACGUGGGCUAUCACGGGUCCGAGAUCAAGACUCCUACACUGGACUGGCUCGCAAAAAACGGAGUUCGACUAGAGAAUUAUUAUGUGCAGCCGCUGUGCAGCCCGUCCCGCAGUCAGCUCAUGACCGGCAGGUAUCAAAUUCACACUGGGCUCCAACACUCCAUCAUCCGCCCCACCCAACCCAACUGUCUGCCAUUGGAGAAUGUCACUCUCCCGCAAAAGCUGAAGAAUGCAGGAUAUGCCACACACAUGGUGGGCAAGUGGCAUCUCGGAUUCUACAAACGUAGCUGCAUGCCUACGCAGCGUGGCUUUGACACCUUCUUCGGCUCUCUGCUGGGUAGUGGUGACUACUACAGCCACUACAAAUGUGACAGCCCGGGUAUGUGUGGUUAUGACCUGCAUGAAGGCGAGGAAGCUGCCUGGGAGCAAGACCAUGGCAUCUAUUCCACCCAUAUGUACACUCAAAAGGCUGUAAACAUUCUAGCUUCACACAAUCCUAAACGGCCCCUCUUCCUGUACUUGUCAUUUCAGGCAGUGCAUUCUCCACUGCAGGUUCCAGCUCGCUAUGUGGAGCGCUACAGGUCCAUUCCGAAUCCUCAUCGCCGCAAGUAUGCAGCCAUGGUCAGCUGCUUAGAUGAGGCUAUGCGCAAUUUAACUCUGGCACUGAAGCGCUACGGCUACUACAACAACAUGGUCAUGGUGUAUUCUUCGGACAAUGGGGGACAGCCUUUAGCAGGUGGCAGCAAUUGGCCUCUAAGGGGUGGUAAAGGAACCUACUGGGAAGGAGGCAUACGAGCUGUGGGUUUUGUUCAUAGUCCCUUACUAGCAAAGAGGGGCACUUGCAAGGCUCUUAUGCAUAUUACUGAUUGGUACCCUACACUGGUAACACUUGGCGAAGGAACGUUGGAUGAGAAUCAGAAUCUGGAUGGCUAUGAUGUUUGGGAGUCCAUCAGUGAAGGCCGUCCUUCUCCACGUCGAGACAUUCUCCACAACAUAGAUCCCAUCUACAUCAAAGCUAAGAAUGGCUCCUGGAAGGCAGGUUAUGGUAUAUGGAACACAGCCAUCCAGGCAGCUCUCCGUGUUGGGGAUUGGAAGCUGCUAACAGGUGUUCCAGGCCACAGUGACUGGGUUCCACCACAGACCUUUUCCACUGUGAUGUUUACUAAUCGCCUGCACAACGAGCAUGUUCGCUGGGAUCGAGGAAAAUCAGUGUGGCUCUUUAACAUUACAGCCGACCCCUUCGAACGAGUGGACCUGUCGAGGCACUACCCACACAUAGUGAGAAAGAUGCUACUCAGGCUGUUGCAGUACAACAAGACAGCCGUGCCAUGCCGCUAUCCACCCAAGGAUUAUAGAUCUAAUCCUCAGUACAACGGAGGGGUCUGGGGACCAUGGUACUCAGAUGACAAUGUAGAAGAAGAGGAACACAAUAACUUUCUUUCCAAUCAUUUAGGAAGGAUGAAAAGUAAGAAGAAAAUAAAACGAAAAGGGACAUUUAAGAGGAAAAGUGUUUCUUUUUAA